AUGAACGACAGAAUCCAUAAAAUCACGGAAAGACACGAAAUUAUUGAAACAAAUUAUCAAAACUUUGCCGAUCUUUACGCUAAUGAAUGCCAAAUCACUUAUAAAACAAUUAAUGUAAACGAAAUGAAUAGCAUUUCUGACAACCGGUUCACUGAACUCUCGACCGCCGGUUCGGGCGCUUACGGGACUGUAUUUAAAGUGAGGCAUACAUUGGAUGAUAAUAUAUAUGCGGUUAAAAAAGUACAAUUUGAAGACAAUAAGGAAGAGAAGGAAAUGAUGAAAGAAGUGGAAAAUCUGCGUAAAUUGGACUCAGAUUUUGUGGUCAAAUAUAAGAACUCGUGGACUGAAGGCAAACAACUCUACAUUCAGAUGGAGUACUGCUCGCAAACACUCGCGUCUGUACUCCGAGACAAACAACAAGUGUUUGGCAGACAAUCGGCUGAAGCCAUGAAUCUCUACGAGUAUUACAUUUGUUGUGAAAUAUUUCGGGAACUCUUGCAAUGCGUGCGAUAUCUACACGAACUAAACCCGCCUUUCAUUCACCGGGAUUUAAAGCCCGACAAUAUACUCAUUUCGUACACUAGUGCUAAUAACACGUUUGUAAAACUUGGUGACUUUGGUUCGGCUACUGUCAAUAGUCGGACAUUUAAAAGUCAGACACAAGGGGCGGCGACUUUCAAAUAUAUGGCACCCGAAGCUUAUUCCCAUAAUAAAUAUGGUCUUAAAUCAGACAUUUAUAGUGUCGGUGCUAUUGGUAUGAAAUUGUUUGAUGUAAAUACGGGUGAUUGCCAACGAUAUAAGUCAACCACAUUUUUCUCACAAUUUAAUAAUUUGCAGCACUUUUUGACGUCAAUGACUGAAAGUAUUGCUGAUAAGCGCUCGACCAGUGGUCAAGUGCUCGACGACUAUAGCCAGUGGUCUAUCGAUCGACACAUAAUUACGGCUAACGAACAGGAAUUCAAUGAAAUCCUAAAUAAACUCAAAUCAAACGAAAACACAUUUUUCUACGAAUGCCUACUCUUUAAGACUGAGUCCACGGAUAGAGUGGCCAAAAGCCUCGCGGAGGACAUACAGCAAUGCGAUCGAGCAUUGGAUGCAAUCGGGGAAAGGGUGGCCGCCGAAGAAGAUCGGGUCAAACGACGGAACCCAUUGACCACAAACUUCAACACCGAUUAUAUCGGGGCUGAACUGACACGAGUGGAUCAUAUUGUGAGCGCUUUGCAAACUGAUGUCCAAACAUUAGGCAAGAGUGGCAACAGUGAGGUUAACGUCGGGGAACUCGACGAUAGGGUACAACACCUGCGCCAGCGAUUGGCGAGCGUUAAGGACCAGUUCGGGACACAAGUGUUGGUCCCGUUGGUCGCCAAACGGACCGAAGCUGAGCGCCGGUCGCCCGGCGCCCAACAGAUACUUAUGGACAAAUACCCGACCAUUGAUCAGCUCCGGGAGUGUAUACGAGAAGUAGAUGAAAUGGAAGAUCGUCUCUCCGAAGUGGGACAGGCCUACGAUUUCGCGGAAUUAAAAAUUAAGGCCGACAAAUGUCGGGCACAAAAGCGGGCGAUCCAUGAGUUCGGCCGUACAGUCGAGCGGUGCGGACAAAAGUUAUACGAGUUGACCGAUAUUGUGGACCCGAAGUAUGUGAAUGCGUACACGUAUUUUCUAAAUAUCUUAAAGCGUCGAUACGCGGCGCUCGUUGAAUGGGCAGAUCACAAUAACGAGGAGAAGGAAAUGAUGAAAGAAGUGGAAAAUCUCCUAAAAUUGAACUCAGAUUUUGUGGUCAAAUACAAAAACUCGUGGACUGAAGGCAAACAACUCUACAUUCAGAUGGAGUACUGCUCGCAAACACUCGCGUCUGUACUCCGAGACAAACAACAAGUGUUUGGCAGACAAUCGGCUGAAGCCAUGAAUCUCUACGAGUACUUCAUUUGUUGCGAAAUAUUUCGGGAACUCUUGCAAUGCGUCCGAUAUCUACACCAACAGAGCCCGCCAUUCAUUCACCGGGAUUUAAAGCCCGAUAAUAUACUCAUUUCGUACACCAGUCCUAAUAACACGUUUGUAAAACUCGGUGACUUUGGUUUGGCUACUGUUCACAGCCGUACGUCCAAAAGCCACACCCAGGGGGCGGGGACUCCCAAAUAUAUGGCACCGGAAGUACAUCUAUGUAAAAGAUAUGGUAUUAAAUCAGACAUGUAUAGUGUCGGGGGAAUUGGUAUAACAUUGUUUGAUAUAUACAAUAACGUUUGCCAAACCGAUAAUUCUUCCACAUUUUACACUCAAUUUAAACAUUUGCAAGAUUUGCUGACGUCAUUGACUGAGAUUAUGGUCAAUAAACGGCCGACCAGUGGUCAAGUGCUCGAUGCCUAUAACCAGUGGUCGAUCGCUAAAAACAUGACUGAGUCGACGGAUAGGGUGUCCAAAAGCCUCGCGGAGGACAUACAGCGAUGCGAUGAGGCAUUGGAUGCAAUCGGGGAUAGGGUGACCGCCGAAGAGGUUCUGGUCAAACAACUAAACUCAUUGACCACAAACUUUAACACCGAUGAUAUCGGGGCUGAACUGACACGAGUGAAUCAUUUGGUGAGCGCUUUGCGAACUGACGUCCAAACGCUGAGCAAGAGUGGCAACAGUACCGCUACCGUCGAGCAACUCCACGAUAGGGUACAACAAUUAGGGCAGCGAUUGGCGAGCGUUAAGGACCAGUUCGGGACCCAAGUGUUGGUCCCGUUGGUGGCCAAACAGACAGAAGACCAGCGGCGAUCGACCGGCGCCCAACAGACACUUAUGGACAAAUACCCGACCAUUGAUCAGCUCCGGGAGUGUAUACGAGUGGUGGAUGAGAUGAAAGAUAGGUUUUUAGAACUCACAACGCCCUACGAUUUGCCGGCGUUGAGGAUUGCGGCCGACAAAUGUCGGGCACAAAAACAGGCGAUCAAUGAGUUUGGCCCUACGGUCGAGCGGUGCGACCAAAAGCUAUACGAGUUGACCCAUAUUGUGGACCCGGAUUACGUCAACGCGUACACGUAUUUUCUAACUGAGCUAAAUGAUCGAUACGGGGCGCUCGUUGAAGUGAUAGCUCGUAGGCUGAAACAUACUGACGACUUGCUUGCUCGUAUACAGACGGGCAAUUAUUAUGUUUUACCUUACUAA